CUCCCACUGCUUACAAACACCUUGCACCCUGCAAGAAAACAACUGAAUCAACGUUCCCAGGAAUCUAGAAAUUUAGUUGUGGAACCCGAAGGACUACUUUUCUUUCUUCCAGCAGAUGUUCAAUUAUGUUGUUUACUAUAGUAGACAGAAUAGUACGAAAUUAAAAUGCAAUUGAGGAAGAGAAGCUUAUCAACUGAGAGGAAGACCGCGGUCACUGACAUUCGUUAGGCGUGCAGUACUAUCAAAUUAUUUUAAACUCCCAAUUUAGAUACGUGAUGAUAUUACUCCAAAUUAAAUUCCUAUGCCAAAUUAAUGCUGUUUUUUUCGACUUGUUAGAAGUAUAAAAUAACUAGCACAAACGUAGACAGAAAAACCAACAUGGGAAAAAUACUGCAUAUGUUCACUGUUCUCAAUGUAAUGUGUAUUGCAAUCGGAAUGCCACUAAGCAACAAUAUGACUGCUUGCCCUUCAACACCGGCACAGCGAAACAUCAACAUUGACGAGCUUGUGGGAAAAUGGUACUUGGCAAGCCUCUUAUUCCACGAGCCUGUGGAAAAUGUUAAUGUGAUUGAGGAGGAAGCAGCAUGCAUGAAAACAGACUUCACUAAAGUGAAUUCUACAUUCAUGAGCCAAGUUUGGGCAAUCCAUUCACCGACAAGGAAUACUAGGAUGGUUUUUGAACUCCCCACUGUGUUAGACCAUCCUGGAUCUUGGAUUGUUACAUCACCUUUAGGAGUUCCAUUUCAUGUCACCGUGAUUCAAGUUCUCCCCAGAUCUCAUAUGGUUCUAGUUUUCUGUGCUGGUGAGAACACACUUCAAUACUUGUGGACUGCCAUUUUGACUCGGAAAACAAAGCUCACUCGUUUUGAUACCAUGUUAUCCAGUAUCAUCACUGGAUAUGGAUUUGAUUUUACAGAACAAUUGCCUAUUUGGCAUUACUGUUUACCAGCAGCGACACAAGAUUGAAAGACCUGCUUAAGCCUUUUUAAAAGGUAUUAAGAUGUAAGAUGCUAAACAAGGAACUGUGGUAUUAAAGGAAAUAAUAAAAAGCAAGUUGAGAGUAUUUUUUUUUAUUAAAUUACAUGAUAAACACCCCAAAUCAAAUGGUUCAUACUCUUGAGCACUUAGAUUCG